AUGUCACCUCGUACAAAUUCACCACCACCUUCGUCCUUUGGUUUGUACGAUGACAUCGAAUAUUCAGAAUAUAACCCCGGUUCUUCUUAUUAUCCUUCGACACCAGCAGGAGGACAGUCUUCGAAUAUAAAUCAAUUUUAUUCAACACAAAGUCCAGUAUCACCACAUUUCACUCCAUCUUUGAGUAGGAGUGACAUUACAGGUGCUGCGACUACUCGUACUCGUACUCGAAAUGGCUCCCGUAAGGUCAAGACCAAUAGCGCAGGAUUCACCUCACUUUUACCUCGAACCCUAAAC